AUGUCCAAACAAACUUCUUUAAUUAAUAAGCCUGAAACGGCUGAUAUGGUCGAAUUAGCCCAUGGCCUUAAAAAAGUUGAAUGGAUUCCUGAUACUAGAUUUCCACUUUGUGGUACUUUUAUUGUUCAUUUGGAAGAUCAUACAUUCGGAUCACUAAUUCGAACUAAACUGAGCAAGGAUGAUCGUGUUACAUUUGUAGGUUAUCGUAUGCCUCAUCCUCUUGAAAAUAAGCUUGAAAUCAGAAUUAGAACAAAAACUGACAACCCGUUUACUGUAAUAUUAAGCGCAAUUACUAAUAUAAGGAACAAUUUAUCGCAUUUGAGGAAUAUAUACAUGGUAAUUAAUUACUUUUAUACUAUCAUAUAUAUUGAUUAA